AUGAGCGGCUCCAGGGCGCGGGCGGCGGCGGGACCCGACAAGAAGCCGCCGCCGGGGAGCGGGGGGGCCCUGAGCCGUUUGCGGGGGCGACGCGGGUCGGCGGACGCAGCCCCGCGGAGCGGAGCGCCGUGGACCGAAUCCGAACUGCUGGAGCUGGAGACCGUCCGGCCCGAGCACGUCCUGGGGCUGUGCCGGGUGACGGAGAACUAUUUGUGCAAACCCGAGGAUAACAUUUAUAACAUCGACUUCACCAGGUUCAAGAUCCGAGACCUGGAGACGGGGACGGUGCUGUUCGAAAUCGCCAAGCCAUCUGCUGCAGAGCAAGACAACGAGGAUGAAGAUGACAGCAGCGAACUGGACAGCAGUGCAGGCCGCUUUGUUCGUUACCAGUUCACCCCAGCAUUUCUUCGUCUUCGGACUGUUGGUGCAACAGUGGAGUUUACAGUGGGAGAAAAGCCAGUGUCAAACUUCCGAAUGAUUGAGAGGCAUUACUUCCGAGAUCGCUUGCUGAAGAACUUUGACUUUGAUUUUGGCUUCUGCAUCCCCAGUAGCAGGAACACAUGUGAGCACAUCUACGAGUUCCCUCAGCUCUCAGAAGAUCUCAUCCGUCUGAUGGUUGAAAACCCAUACGAGACCCGCUCAGACAGCUUUUACUUUGUGGACAACAAGUUGAUAAUGCACAACAAGGCCGAUUAUGCUUACAAUGGAGGACAGUAAUCAUGAUAUGGCUGCUGGAAGCUGUGCUGCCAUUAACCAUUCCAGAUGUCCAGGACUGGACUGGACUUGCUCUCUCAUGCAACAAGGCUUCCUGUCAAACCUUUUCUUCUUGCAUGAGGCUGAGCACAUGAAGCAAAGAAGACAGCUCGCAAAAGUAAAGGAAAUCUUCCUGCAACGCUUCACUAUCCCACACCCAUAACAUAUCCAGCCUCUGUCAUUCUCCAUUUCCGGAUGCCUUUUGGUACCCUGGUUAGGUUAUGGAUCAGAGGCACUGUUUAAAAAUGAUUGCUGUUACAAUUUUUAUAGCUUAGGUUGCACUUCUAGUGCUCCCGAUGUUUCACCUGUUGGGUGACUACUCUCUUCCAAGAGGUCAAAUUAUUUGGGUAAGCUAUUUCUUAGCAGGAAAAUUUGCUGCCUUGAGGUAGCCAGUGACAUCUGAAAAGCAGAUCUCUUCUUCAGUUGGAUAGAUCAUCUCUUUGGUGCCUAGUGGCUUAGUUUGUAGCAUGGGUGAGAUAGCUUUUAGGGUGCAUUCCAGUAUUCUCCAGUGGGAAAGAUAAAAUAAGAGACUAAUUCAGCUUCUGAGUUGUGCAGGAAUCUUCUCUUCCCCCUCCAGGUAUUUGAGCUGCUCUUGGGAAUGGUUUGGUCUGUGUUUUACCAGAGAUAUCGCUGGAGGUACGCAAUAGGAGAAAAAAGGGACCUUAUCCAGGUUGAUCAUUUAGUUGUUCCAAUAGCAUUUCUGUUUGAGCUUAUUCAAGCAAAUUGCUGAAUUUUGGAGCUCAAGGGUCGACCUUGGAGCUGAAGUUAAUCUCAGUGUAUUUAUCAUUUCUCAUUUCUACUGCUUCCCUUUGUGUAGGAUUUUUGGCUUUUACUACAGAAUGGACUGGUUUUGAACUGACAGCACAUUGUCAGCCUAGCUGGGGUGGAGGGGAGAUUUCAGUCUGGUGAGGUGUAGAGGAAGAAGGGAGAAUGUGGAAAAAUCACUUGAAAAACAUGUAGGGAGCAAAGCUUCCUAGGCUUCAAUCUCUGUAUACAUCAUAAUGUUUUAAACCUGACUGUCAGAGGUGCUGGAAGGAGAGAUGGUGCUGUCACCAACUCACUUGCUUUCUUUCAGUUGAGGUACUAGCAGCUGAAACCUUCCCUGGUCAGAUUACUCAGUGUUACAGAGUGGGAUUCUUAAUGACCAAACUGUGAGAAUUAAUAUGAUGAUUCUUAAUUGUUUGAGAUCCUAUCACUGCUUUGUAUCCUUAGUUGCUUAUUUAUGUUUCAAGAUGUUCUUCUGCUGAGGUAGUUUCUGCCAGACCAAAGGGUGUCUUUUGCAGCAGCGCUUUGGGAUCUGGCAAUAGGAAAUAGCACCAUGCCCUGGGAAGUGGAGACCCCAUCCUCCCAGCAGCCGUGCUGGCGUCCAGCAGAACCUCAACUGGGAAAACCCUUUCCUGUGUAUUUUGCUGGCUCAAGAUGAGGAUUGUUUGCAUCCCCUCCCUGAGCUGAUCAGCCACCUCUGCUGCAAGUGGGAGCUAAGUUGUGUCUGGGCUGGAGACUUCGGCUAGUGUUAGUUCUGCUUGUUCACCUAGAGAGCUGAGAACCAACUCCUCAGCAGAUACAGUAUGAUUCAGUGUAGAUUAUUGCCUCAGCAGGAUUAAAUGAGGUGGGCAAUCACAGCCUUUUAAUGCGUAGAUAGCAAUAGGAAGCCACUGCCUUAACCUUGCAGAUUAACGAUGUAGGUUUGGUGCAGAGGAUUGGCGGGUGACGAGGUAAGCAGUGAGAGUAUGUGUGGUGGCAGUCCUGAAAGAAUCUCCAGCUCUUGGGAAGGAUUUUAAUUACGAUUAACCACAACAAACGACUUGUUCGGGUGGAGUAUUAAUCAUGAGCAACCACAACAGAUGUCUCGGGAAUGCAGAGGGGCGAGGUGUGUGUGGCUGAAAGAUGAAGGGCAGUUCUGCUCCAUUCGAUCCCUUCCAGCAUCUCCAUGGGCACUGGGGCAAUCUCAUUAGUUGUUUCAGAAUUAGCAAAGCUGCUCAUGAGGUGGAGCUCAAGCUGCCUCUUGCAGUGACUGCCUUCAGAUGGCCCCGUGCUGUGCUGGCAAGGGGAAAUUCAGUUGUGCUGCAGGAAUGGGCGGUGCUUGCAACCAGGCAGAGCAGCCUGGGAGGGUGUUUUCCAUCCUGGAGCAUUGUGAGAUACUCAGGGUCAGGUCUGAAGAGGCUGCCGGGUGUUUCCAGGACGUUGUAGCAUAUUGAGGUGAAUUUAUAUGUAGUAUUAAUCCAGGUGCCUUUUAACAUUCCUUUUACCUUUCUGUAUGAAGCAACCUCCUGCUUUUCUUACGAAUGUGACGAUUCUCUUCUGUUUUCUAUAUCACUGAGUAAAGAUACUUAAAAUGGAGACAGACCAUUGCCAGAGGAGCAGUGAGGACCGAGCCAGGGGACAACACAGCUGUGCAGGUCCGGUGUUCACAGGGCACUGGCUGCCAUCUGACUGGUGCUCUGAGAAGCAGAGAGCACUGCUGGGUGUGAGUGAGUUCAGGGCCCGUAGGAAAGGGGAUUUCUGUCUGAAGCAGUCAUUACCUCAGCCAGCAGGGAUGAGGAAAAAGCAUUGAGGCAAUGCUUUUCCAUUUAUAAAUGUAUUAUCUAUUCAGCAAUAAGUAAAGGAAGACCAAAGGAAAGCUGGGGGUUGUGCAGGCAGUACUGGCACUCCUCAGCUCCUGUAGAUAUCUGUUUGGCCAAAUUAGAAGGCCUUUGCCCACAAACAUGCUGCAGGAAAAAAGUCCCUCAAAGAAGGCACCCCAGCAUUAAAAAGACUUGAUUGUAACCACAAAGUCAGCGAUUUCCAACCUCAUCCUCGUGGCAGGGAUGGUGUCUGGUAAACGUGAUUCUAUGGAGCAU